AUGUUUCCUGUUCUGACAAACAUCGCUGAAGUCUGCUUGUCAAUGCCUGUAUCUAAUGCAUGGCCGGAAUGAGGUUGUAGUGCUCUGAAACACAUCAAGACACAGCUGAGGAACAGGCUGAAUGUGGAUAUGCUUCAGUCUCUCCUAAUGAUAACCAUCAAUGGUCUGAAGGCUGGAACCUCUGAAUGUGAAUCCCUUGUCACAGCUGCAGUGGAGAAGUGGUAAGCGCAGAAGAAGAGGCGAAAAAUGCCCAAAGCCAGGGUGUGAUCAACCCCUGUUGCAACUUCUUCUACCACAAAAAUGGCACAGAAUGAUACAGUGAUUGAGACAGCUAAUGCUGGUGUGCAAACACACCUGUCCUAGGCCAGUGAUAAGGUCAAUGCCAGAGAAUUAGAGGUCCACAUUGCUAGUGCAGCCCUGAACCUAACUGAUGAUAAUGCUUUGAGCCAAGGAAAAGCAGACUUUGAUUGUGAUAGUGAUAGUGGCUUUGACGAUGUGGACGAUACUUUACUUUUACAACUGACUCUGGGUUAAUGGUUUAAUUAGAUUGAUCUUGUUCGUAACGUAUGUUCUUUCAAAGGUCUCUAUGUCCUGAGUUCUCAAUUAUUUGAAACAAAUCCCACAUCAUCAUCAAUCAUGAAAAUGAACUAAAGAAAUUUUAUUUAAUGUAACAUCCCUAACAAUCAAGGUGUUUAUAUGAGUGAGCAAAUUAAUCUGAUGAUAAACUUUUAAAACAUGUGUUUUGUUGCAAUAUAACUCAAUGUGAAUAUUAAAAAUUUACUUUUAAAACAUACCCCAGAUUGCAGGAAAUGGCAUCUAACCAAGUGUUCAUUUUCAAAUUUUUCCAGGAGGAGCAUACUCCCAGACCCUCCUAGUUUAAGGGGUGCUUCAUGCCCCAAAACACAUGCUACACAUGUGAAACAAUGACUAUGUAUUAAACAAGUCCUCAAAGUCUACUUAACCUGGAUAUGACCUACUUUAGAAUAUGGUGCUCAGAUGUAGCACAACAUUCCUGCCUUCCUCUCUGUUUAGCUGCAAUCAGUUCAGAAAAGAGCCCUGGCUAUAAUAUAUCCAUCCCUUAGCUGUGCAGACGCUCUUAGUUUGGUCCAAACUACAUGCCUCUCAAUGGGGAAGAGUCAGUUAUGCAUGAAAUACAUACAAAAGUUGCACAAUAUUAGUCACCUAAAUCACUUUUUAUUACCUAGUAGCAGAGGUCACAAUCAUGACUGCAAUCUCAGGGAAAAGACAACCAGUAAUAGCAAAGCACAUAGCAACUGGAACAUAUGGCACACAAAGCAUUCUGGUUACCCAUGUAGUGGGUAAAUGCUAAAAGUAGUGUUAUAUACAUAUGGCAUUGUUAAACAGAGUAAAAAUAUUUCAGCUUGUAUUUCAUCCCUGUAAUUCUUGGUUUUUCUUUUAACUGUAAUGGUGAUUAAUAAACAUUUUUCAUUUUAUCAUUCAUUUUAUUUAUUGUGUUAUCAAUUGCAUAUAGUAAUUAAUACAACAGAAUAGUAAUUUAAGAUUAAUCAUUGUAAAUCAUUGUCUUUGAAAAGCCUCCUUUGGGGAAAGUCAAUAAAGUAUGUUGUAUACUCCAUCUCCCCUGCCUAUUCCUAUUUGUCCCCUUCAAAACCAUUUUAGAAAAAUUGUCCUCAUAGGUCUGAGAGCUAGCUCAAAGCUGCAGUGUCAAUUAAAAAUUGCCAAAACAUUACAUUACAUUGUUUGCAUUUUCAUAAAAGGUUGCAAUAUCUACACAUAUUUCCUCCAGAUAUUUCAGAGAGCCCACUCCUGCUAAUGAGGUUUUCAUACCAAAAGACACUGAAAAAAACUGUUGGCAACCAAAGUGAGCACAAUUUCCACCCUGUGAUAGUGUCACAAGUAAAGAUCUGAAAAAAGAAAAACCUCUGGAACAACACCAAUAUCAACACUAAUAGUAAUUUUAAAAAAAGGAACACAGUAUACUAAGCAAAAUGAAAAGACAUUGAAAGUAUAUAAAUGCUUCAAAAUGAAAGAAUAAUAAACUCUAAAAAGAAAGUGGAUUUAUCCACUCAUGUGGAUCCAAGUCAUCAGCAAUUAGAAAGACAGCAAUUUCAGGUUGCAGCCAGGAUCAUAAAGGUUGAACGAGUCCUACUGAUGAUGUAGAGGAUAAGCAUAUCAACCACAAUGAUGGAUCUGUGAUCAAUAGCUGGUGACCUUUAAGGUGUUACAACAAGGACACACACUACCCUAGACGCAAUGCAGGAUGGAUCCCUAAGAGUACCUUCUAAACAGUCCCCCUGUAAUCACAAGACAGAAGGCUUUUAUCAGUGCAUACUUACAAAGAAUGCCACAGAUAUGUUGGGCAAAGUCUAUAACCAAGAACCGCUUGCUAAAUAAGUCAGGCUCCACUACAAUAGUUUCUCUAUUAAUCAUAACCAUUACAAGUUCCUCAAAUGUGAUUGGUGCAUCAGCUGCUUUAUAUUUCACUAAUCAUACUGUACAGUUGUAAUCGGACAGUGUAAUCAGACAGUUGGCAAUAAUCGGACAGCUGAAGCAGCCAAUCAUACUGAGUCCACUCUGCUUAAUCCACCGAUCACCAAAUUGAUCACAAUAACCAUAGCAACAACCACUUACCCUGAAAAGAAAACUGAGAAAUUUCCAAAUUUUUUGCUUUGGACAUGGUCCAUACUGAAGACAUUUGUCCUAAAUGUUUUUUUUUCCUUCGGAAAUUGCAACGGUUAUGAUUAAUUGUAUCAGGAUUUUGUGUCGUCCAAUUCUGUCUGUAAUCAUACAUACAUUGGACUCCCACUUCACAUUUGUCCAAUUUUGUUAAUCACUCGUAUGAUUACAGACCAAAUUGGACUCCACUUGGUCCUAUUACCAUUAUUAAUGUGUCAUACUUUUCAAUCAAACAACCACACUGGAGUGGCAAACAAAUCAAUCCAGACAAAAUUUAAAAUCAAAGUACAUGCACAAUAAAGGAAAAAUCUGAAUCUGACUUCACGGUUUACAAAUGCAAGCCAAAAUUAAAAUCAAUCUUUGUUAAAAGGGUGAGACCUGAAAUCAACUCUCAUUACAUUUCCUUGUUUACCUGUUAUAACUUUCUUCUUAUAUAUGUGAAGAUAUAUGUAGACUUCUUCAGUUUAGUUCAUCACUGUCACUAAUCGUUAGGUCCCUCCAAACCUUUGCAUGACUUCUUUUAGUGAUUUUUUUUCAGACAAGUAUUUCAGACACUGAAACAGACACUGCUCCAUAAUCAAAUCAUAAUUUGGCCAGCUAUUCAUAGUCACUGAUAAAAGCAUCUUCACAGAUUGAAUUAGAUGGUGGUCUGAAUUAUUCCAAAGCUCUGUUGAUGCUUCUUGCAUUGCACUUUUGCUAUAAUCUUUAUUAAUGAUACAAAUCAGAUAGUGCAGAAAAGACAGUGCUUCAUGGGGCUAGAUAUGUCCUUGCAUAUUAACUUGGGACUAUUUAUCACAGGGUAGCGUUUGAAAUAAUUUGUUUUAAGGUGGUUGUGCUACAAAUGGUCUUAGAAUUGACCAUUGAGCUUCAAAUUAAGAUCAUAAGACUUUUUUUCACUUUUUUGCUUCUAUCGUCAUUUCUCAAGUGCCUACUCAGGCUCCAUUAUCACUCUUAAGUGCUGCUUCACAGCUGCCACAAGAUUUUUAGAAUAUAUUGAAAAAGGCAGUGCACAGGAUGAGAUAUCUGUAACUUGAAUUAACAACAGCCUUUAGUUGUUACACUGGUAGGAAAUGAGAAAUAUUGAUUAGAGGUAUUAGCACCUUGUUUAUCUUAUUCACAAAGACAUCUUUAGGGAAAGAGAUAAUUAUGGGUUACUCCAAAGCUCAAUGCACUGAUGUCUACUUGUAAUAAUAUUCAUUUUUCUUAAGGUCUACAACACAACACCAACCAGAAAUUGACAUUCUAGUUUCUUGAGGAACGUAUACACUCGUAGGAUUAAAACGUCUUUAUCACAAAUUUAAGAACUGGGAACUAUACAGUAAGGUCUUCAGAACAUUUUGAUUGAAAAGGCAGUGCUUUAGAAGGCUAGAUAUUUCUACCUAAAACCAUGAUUCCCACAGUGGCAACAAUCCAGAAACCUAUUACUACUUUAAGGAAAUCAAUGAAGUAUUAAGCUGUAAGCCUAACAUAAAGGAAAAGCAUGUGUACGAGUGUGGUUUGGUAGAAGAUGCCAAUGUAGUCAGUGUGGUGGAAACUGGUGACCCUGAGGAGUCACCACAGUCAAGCGGGCAUGCCGAUAAAAACAGCAAUGCUGAGCUUGAAAAGGAAUUUGAUGCGACCUUGGAAGGAAAUCGGAAACAUUUGAAAAUAACCAACAAAGGAAAAACACCCACAAUAAAGAAAACGAUGGACCAGCCAACAAUAUCGUAG